AUGGAUGUACGCUUAUACGCUUCCAUCUUUAACCACUCAUGGCAAUCUCCUGUUACUUGCAUAGUUUCUGAUGGUGCUAUGUGGUUCACUUUGAAAGUUGCUCAAGAGUUCCACAUCCCUCACUUUGUAUUUUUCACUCCCAGUGCCUGUGGCAUGCUGGGAUACAUUAACUUUGAAGAGAUUCAGAAAAGAGGUUAUUUCCCAUUGAAAGAUGAGAAGAAUCUGCUUGAUGGAUAUCUUGAUACUAAAGUUGAUUGGAUUCCAGCAAUGAAAGGAGCAAGACUAAAAGACCUUCCCACAUUUCUUAGGACUACUAAUCCUUCUAAUGUAAUGUUCAAUUACAACAUAGUAAAAGUGAACACUGCUAUGCAUGCCAAAGGGGUUAUCCUUAACACCUUUGAAGACUUAGAAUCAGAGGUUUUGGAUGCCAUCAGAGCCAAAUACUCCAAUGUCUACUCCAUUGGUCCAUUAUCAAUGAUAUUCAAACAGCUCUCAAACUCAAAUACUCAAUUGAAGUCGAUUGAUCUGAAUCUGUGGAAGGAAGACAACAAAUGCUUGGAAUGGUUGGAUAAAAGAGACAGAGGUUCUGUUGUGUAUGUGAACUUUGGUAGCUUAGUGAUUAUGACACCAAAGCAACUAAGUGAAUUUGCUUGGGGUUUGGUUAAUAGCAAGUACCAUUUUUUGUGGGUCAUAAGGCCUAAUCUUGUGCAUGAUAAUAAUAAUAAUGGUGAUGGGAAAUUAAGUGAUGAAUAUGUGAAUGUGAUUGAAAGAUGUGAGAGGGGAUUGGUAUUGGGGUGGUGCCAACAAGAGAAAGUUCAGUGUCAUGCAUCAAUUGGCAGAUUUCUAAUACAUUGUGGGUGGAACUCAACAUUGGAGAGCAUAUGUGAGGGAGUUCCAAUGGCAUGUUGGCCUUUCUUUGCAGAACAACAAACAAACAGCUUCUAUGCAUGCAAGAAAUGGGGGAUUGGGAUGGAGAUUGAGUGUGAUGUUAAGAGAGAGCAGGUUGAGGAGCUUGUGAGGGAACUCAUGGAGGGGCAAAAAGGGAAAGAAAUUAAGGUUUAUAAACUCGAAGGACUAAUUUGAUGGCUUAAACGAAACUUAUCUUGUCAGCAACAACAUCCUACACCCUGGCGUUGGCCAGCUUGGCAGUUAACGUGCCACGUAAGCGGCUGUUUGCCAUCUCAU